AACUGUACCAUGCGAACUGUGAAAGACCCUGCCAUGAGUUGGACUGGCCGAUGAUUUGUAGAGUCAAGUUAUCACUGGAAUCUCAUCAACUCCUGGGAAGUUGGUGUGCAGAUUGUCAUCAGAAUAUAUCGGACUGUGAUGUAAAGGAUUGCCUGACCGCUGAUGGUAUUCCAAGGUAUACCCUAUCUGCAAACAGACAGUUACCAGGUCCUGCCAUUCAAGUAUGUGAAAAUGACAUCCUAGUGGUGGAUGUGACCAAUAGGAUACCAGGUCAAGGAGUAGCCAUCCACUGGCGUGGCCAGCCACAGAAGGAGACCCCCUACAUGGAUGGUGUUGCCAUGGUGACGCAAUGCCCCAUCCCCGCGCACACCACUUUCCAGUACAAGUUCCGCGCAUCGCAAGCGGGCACUCAUCUGUGGCAGAUACAUACUGGCAACGGCCAGAUAGACGCACUAUUCGGCCCAUUAAUCGUACGACAAGCGGACAGGAGGGAGGUCCAGAGACAGCUUUAUGACGUGGAUGACCCCAACCACAUUGUGGUCAUAAGUGAGUGGCCUAUGCCCCCCACCACUGAUAAGAGAGAGGCCACCAACACCAACUCUGCUACACUUCUCAUCAAUGGCCGGGCUCAGACUAAGAUGGAAUCGGACAGCGAUGAUGCAGACUACAAGCACGCGUCGACUAGAUUCAAUGUGACGGGUGGCAGACGGCAUCGUAUGCGAGUGAUAUAUGCAGGCAGCCAGGUGGGGUGUCCUGUCUCCAUUCAGGUUGAGAGACAUCGGCUGCAGGUGAUCGCAAUGGACGGUCAUCCCAUCGAGCCACAGAUGGUUCAGUCGCUUAUCAUUGCUCCAGGAGAGCGAAUAGAUUUUGUUCUAACAGCUGAUCAGACUGAAUCCUUGUCUUAUUGGCUGAAAGCUGAGACCAGACCAUCAUGUCACAGACAGUCCUCUUCCUAUGCGCUGAUAGACUACAUGUUCCGACCACCCAAGGAGUCUUCAAGGUCAUCCCAACUCAAUGAGGAGGCAGCUGUUCCUCAAACCAAGGUGCUGAGUACUGUGACAGAAAACGAGUGUUCCAAGUCUGAUCACAUCUGUUUACCAAACAUAAAAUCUGUGAAUAAACUGCCAAGGGAUUUGGCUGCAGAGAAGAUGGAUCUCACACUGUAUUUACCAUUUGAUUUUGUGAGUGUUCCGAGCAACACUGACUUCCCAGAUCCUCUCCUGAAACCGAGAAUAAACAACAUUACAUUUAUGUUUCCUUCGUCGCCACUGCUGAGCCAAUCAGCUGAUCUACAGGAGUCGAAUUCACUGUGCAGUGACAACAAGCGACCCAAGUAUUGCAUGGAUGAAGCGGGUGCAUGUCAGUGUGUGCAUGUCAUUGACAUACCAUUACACUCUAGUGAACUGCUAUUGAUCGAUAAAGGAGGUGAUGACCUAACAGACGAGCAUGUGUUCCACAUGCAUGGAGGUAGUUUCUACGUGGUGGGAUCCAAACAAGGACUGGCAGACAACAGCAUGGAGACCAUCAGGAAACUGAAUGCUGAGGGAGGACUUCUAGAAAAGAACCUCAAAGAUCCUGUUAUCAAGGAUACAGUACCUGUGCCACCUGGUGGAAUUGUUGUGUUGAGGUUUAGGGCUGAUAAUCCAGGUUACUGGCUACUGCAUGAUCAGAAAGCAGCCCACUGGUCCCAAGGCCUGGAUGUUAUCCUCCAUGUUGGGAACAGCAAUGAUCUACCCUCUGUACCAGAGAAUUUCCCUAGAUGUGGAAAUUGGGUUGGGCCAGAGUAUUUUCUGAUCUGAAAAUAUCCUAUGAAUUUUAGACUGACGAUGCUCAAUUUUCAAAUUGUUUGUACAAUCAAGAAAUUUUUCUAAAGUAGGCUACCGUACCUAGCUAUUAACUUUUCACCAAGUAUUCACUUCUCAUCCCUAAUGAAUGCUUCUAUUAUAAAUAUUGUUGUCGGUUUCAACUAAAUUUCUAAAAUAAUGUUGUUUCAUAUUUGAUUUGUUCACUUCUUAUAUUUAAUGCAUCAGUAUAUUUAGUCUGUUGAUUAUUCAAUCUACGAUAUCAGACAGUGUAAAAUUUUACGCAAUUAAAUUCAUCCCUAAUGAUGCAUCAAUACCGUAUUGUAGUAUGUUAAUUAUCAUCUUAUUCAAUCUAUGAUAUCAGACAGUGUGAAAUUUUACGCAUCAGUUUUUUAUAAGAAGAGCGAACAAUUACUUGAUGAAUGCAUCAGUAUAUUAUAGUAGGUUGGUUAUCUUAUUCAACCUACAAUUAUACACAACUUCAGUCUUUUUUAUAAGAAAAGCAUAAGAAAAUUACAUGAUUAGUCUCGAUUGUAGACAAAAGGUAAUUGAAUUUAUGGAUGAUGAAAAACAAUAAUUUUCUAGAGAUAGAAAUAAAACUCUUAGUGAAUGUUUAUCAAAAAACUAAAUUAAUUCACUGUCUGGGUGUCAGAGUAAUAAAAUCUCUGAUGAAUACAAAUAUCUGAUAUUUUAUCGAAUUGAUUAAUAAAAUAGUAACAGUAGAUAAUAUUGUUAAUGUGCCUGUUGCAUUGCUUCCUCUCAAACAAUGGAUAAUCCUCAUCUUGACAAUAAUUUCUAAGUUAUUGUGGUGCUCUUUGAAGAUUAUGGUGUGAAAUUGAACGCAUUUCUUAUAUUAUUAUAAUAAUGUCGUACAGAUUUUUCUUUAUUUAUUUAAGUAGACAACUCAGGCAGUAAUAAAAAUAGAAAUCCAUUACCAUUUUUUAAAUUAUUUACUCACAACAUGUUUCGGCUAUAUAAUGCCAUUAUCAAGUGAUUGGAAAAAAAAUUAUCAAGAGUAACCAUAACGGAAAAAUACAGUAUUAAUAAUUUAUUCAUCCAUUAUUAGAAUCAUAUAUUUUUAGGGAGAGCUUUUCAUUAUCAAAAAUAAACUGUUACAAUAAAUACUGUAUGUAUCAUUCUUGCCUAUUUCAUAGUAUUUACAUAUCAUGUUCUGAGGAUUCCAGAUAUUAUAAAUGUCCCAAUAAUUUGAGAUUACUUGUUUUAUUGUGAGUAGGCCUAGGUGAAUAGAAUAAUAUAUGCGAGUGGAUAAGUUACUAUAAUAUUAUGAGCUACUUUAUAUUGUAAGAGAUUUGUUUUAACUGUGAUUUUUGUUCAUAAUAAAGUGUAUAUUUUUUAUUAC